AUGAUGACAUUAAAAAUAAAUUUAUUUAUUAAUAAUAAUUUAGUUGAAACAACACAAUUAAAACCAACAUCAAUAUUGACUACCAGCAUGGUUGCAACAACACAAUCACAACAAACAUCAACAUUAACUACUACCAUAGAUGAGAUUGGAUCUACUACUAUUUCAACAACAAUUGACAGUUCAAGCAUUGCAAUUAGUUUAAAUCAAACUGGUUUGAUUGUAACAUCAACGAAUGAACCAUUCUUAUCAUACUUUGUACCAGAGCCUUGUCCUAAUACAACAAAUAUUGGCAUCCGUUGUAAUAUUUCGAAUAGUUUAUGUAAAAUACUUUCACCUUGUCAAAAUAAUGGAAUAUGUGAAAAUGUUCAAACAAAUAUUCCUAGUUAUAAUUGUUCAUGUCUACCUGGUUUUAAUGGUACUCAUUGUGAAUUUGAUUAUCGACCUUGUAAACCACAUACUUGUCUUUAUCAUGGUAUAUGUAAUGAAACAUCAAAUUCAACAUUUAAUUGCAUAUGUAAUGAAGGUUGGCAAGGAAUUAAUUGUGAAUCAAUAAUAAAUUUUUGUGAUAAUGUCACAUGUUGGAAUAAAGGUGUUUGUCGAUCAUUAUUAUCGAAUUAUCAAUGUAAAUGUCUUGGUGAUAGUUAUUAUGGUCGCCGUUGUGAAUUUACAUCAUUAAGAAUUAAAAUUUAUAAAAUUGUUUCAAAAUCCUUUGCGUAUGUUGCAAUUAUUGCAAUAUCAUCUGUUGCUAUGUUUGUUAUUAUAAUGGAUAUAUUAAAAUACUGUUUUGGUAUUGAUCCAACAUGUGAAGAUUUAGAAAGAUAUCGACGAGAAAAACGAGCAAAAAAACGAAAACCUGUAAUUCAACAAAUUAUUUAUGUCAAUACUCCAUCACCAUCAUCUGAAUAA